GCCCGCCCUGACGUUGCUCAUUGAAGAAGCAGAGGGACGGUUUCAUCUUACCAUCCUCCUCGAAAGAAAGUCAAUCAUGGCGGCUAUACUGUGUAAGCUUUUUGUAGGAGGGUUGAACGUAGAAACCACAAGCGAUGGCCUCCGGAGUUACUUCGAACAGUUUGGAUCGCUUACCGACUGCGUCGUGGUUAUGAACCAGCAACUCGGACGGUCUCGUUGUUUCGGCUUCAUCACCUACUCGUCACCGGAGGAGGCCGACGCAGCAAUGGCGGCAAAACCACAUGUCGUCGAAGGCAACAACGUGGAACUGAAAAGAGCCAUCGCAAGAGAGGAUGCCAACAACCCAGACAUCCUCGCUAAUGUGAAGAAAAUUUUCGUCGGAGGUGUGAAAGACCACAUCGAAGCAGACAACCUGACCGAAUACUUCUCGCAGUUCGGUGUAGUGGAGAAGGCUGAAAUCAUCUCCGACAAGCAGACCGGCAGGAAGAGAGGCUUCGGCUUUGUCUUCUUUGAAGACACCGACUCCGCCACCAAAGCGGCGCUGACCAAAUACCACACCAUUAACGGGAACAAGGUGGAGGUAAAGAAAGCCCUCACUAAACAGGAGAUGUCCACAGGCGGCCGCGGAGGAAGAGGCCGGGGAAGAGGGAUGCAGAACUAUGGCGGCGGAAGAGGAGGUGGUGGCUACGGGGGAGGAUACGGCGGCAAUUACGGAGGUGGCUAUGGCUAUGGUGGGGGCUACAACGGUGGUGGAGGCUACGGCGGUUACGGAGGAUACGACGACUAUAACAACCAAAUGGGGGGUGGAUACAGUAACGGAGACUUUGGGGACGGGUAUGGACAACAGCAGUCAAAUUAUGGAGCAAUGAAGGGGGGCAAUUAUUCCUAUAGGAGCGGGGCUCCUUACAGAGGAGGUGGAGGAGGCGGGAGCUACGGCAGAGGUGGUGGGUAUAGCGGUGGCUAUUAGUAGCCCCCGUUAAUGAAAAAUAUGGGGAAAUUUGAAACGAACUUGAAUUUACACAAACAUCACAUGAACCCAGGUGGGGAUGAGCGGUCUUUAAGUUUUCUUAAAAUCACCCACACAAAAUGAAUGAGACUGACCUGGAUCCGCCGCCCCCACGUGGACCCCAUCUUGUUCCACCCGUUAUGGACUUUACUACAAAAAUAUUUGUGAAUUGUUGAACUGUAUUUUGUUAUGUUUGGGGGGGAAAGGUUUGUUGUGAACCAUGUGUUAAGGUCUGUCAGUCACUGCUUCGCAGCUCAAAAAUUAGUUUGUUUUGCAGAGCAGAUGUUAUUUUUGCAUCAUGAACUCAGGGUUUUAAGUGAAGUUGGUUGCAGUUGGAGAGCACGAGACUUGAUUGCUUGAGUUUCUUGAUCUUAAAGCAUUUUCGUGACAAAGCAUCUCCAAGCAAUGUCACGUUUUAUUUUCACUGUAAAUGACCUUUUUCCACUUUACCGUCCCAUUACAGGUUUUUCUUUGUUUUUUAAUUAAAAAUCAGUGUGUUCAAUUCACCCAUAUGUUUUUUGUUCUACUUUUAUUAAAGUUUUUAAUGUUUUGAACCUCUA